GAAACGAAAAGGACGUAAUCUUGCGGAUCUUUUCGCUUUAAACACACGAACACGAUGGAUGAAGGCACUGCCAGCGAGACCAUCCCAGAUCUGAAAGACAUAGAGGUGAAAAUCGGCCGGAAGACCCCCGAGGGUUUGCUCAGGUGGAUGCGGGAAGAGGCGUCCUCUCUCCGGGGAGACGCCAAGCUGACCACCGCGCACGACACCUGUAAGGACACGGGGAAGAAGAGUUUGGAUGAAAAGAUCAGGAAAUUGAAGAUGGAGAUGGCUCACUUGCGUUCUGUGGACGUCAAGAUCUUGCAGCAGUUGCUGGCGGUCCAUGAAGGCAUCGAGGCAGUGAAAUGGCUGCUGGAGGAGCGCAGCACGCUGACCAGCCGCUGCAGCAGCCUAACCAGCAGCCAGUACAGCCUAGGCGAGGGCCCUGACACCUCCUGGAGAGGCUCCUGGAGCAGCCUGCAGGACCCCAAUGACAAGCUGGACAACAUCUCCAUCGGCAGCUACCUGGACACCCUGGCGGAUGACAUGGAUGAGUACUGCCCCUCCAGCUCGGAGUCAGUCAUCUGCUCCACCACGCCGCUGGUCUCAGAGGCUACCGCUGGGGGCCGGACAGGGGGAGGCCCUGGGGUCACGGUCACAGGAGCUGGGGUAGGGGUGAGGUCUGGAACUGGGUCUGGAAGUGGGAUUCGUGCUGGACCAAAUGAAAAUGGAACUGGGGUUGGAAAUGGGAUGGAGGUAAAAGGUGGACCAGGGACAGGGGGUACCAGUGCUAUUACUGGGACUGGGACUGGGAAACCAGCUGUUCUUGUCAGCUCUCCCCAAGCCAAGUCUGAAGGCCCCAAGCAAGACGCUCCGGUCUGGACGAAGUCUUCAGAGAGGGGUAAAGGAAGUCCCGUUUCUAAGGACAAUACCCAGACACAAGCCAUCAAGGCUAAUGGUGUCCUGGAGAAAGCAAUCACACAAACAGGCAGCCCAACCCGCCUCAGCCUCAACGAGAAACUGGGAACCGGCCAGAGCCCCAAACUCAAACCUUACAAAAAUGGAAAGAUCGACUUGGAUACUUGCAAAAUGAACGGAAAAAUGCAUCUGGAGUAUGAUGCGCACUGGCGGUGGGUGCAGUCGCAAGAAGAUGUGACGUUUUUGUAAGGAGGAUAAUAACAGAGAGGACUAAAGCCACUAUUGAACACUCCCUCUGUAACAUCAAAGACCAGAUCACUGAAGGAUAGAAGAAGAGUGAACUGUUGGUCUGACAUGCACAUAGUGAAGCUUUCCUUGUUGGAAGACACUGAGUUUGAAAGACUAAGAAUAAGUUUUUCCCUCCUGUGACUGCACUAACUUUCUAUAAAACAUUGAUGUCAGUAUUAAGAUGGAUGCACAUUUCAGGAUUUUGACCAUUUUUAGCCAAACUGGGCUGCCUCACACAAAUCAAGUUUUAAAAUCCUGUGCCUCAGGGUCUUUCUUUCUAUUCCCUGAUUUUUUCUUUUCUUUUCUAAAGCACAGUGAGACGAUCUGAUGGAGAGCUGAAACAUGAUUUCAGAUUGCUUGACAUGCUACAUUGACCAAUGUAAAUGAGAAGAUUUUAAUUAUAAUUUGACUUUAUUAAGCAGAAAAAUAAUUCCCAUUAGAUCAGUUUCUCUUAUUACACUCAAUCUAUAAUUAAAACCCCAGGGGCACAACAAAGAUCUCCCCGUAAAGAAUAUUGCUCUGGGGUCUCCUUAAUUACUUCAUACGCCCUGUAAUGGACCUUUAACGCCACUACAAACAGCACUGACAGAGGCGAUUGUACUGCAUUUAUGUUAGUAGAAGACCAAAGUUUUCCCCUAUCAAACCAUCAUGUUUGAGUCACAAAUUAAAUUUAUUAUAUGAAACCUUUGUCUAAGACAAUAUAACUGAACACGUAAUGGUUAUAGACAGUAUUACUUGAUAAAGUAUUAUUCAAAACAUAAUAUUAAAGACCUUUUGAUAAAAUAUGUGAGUGUGUUUCUCCCCGAACUCGUAGCUGCCUGAACAAAACAAAUAGAAGAUAUUAAAAUAGAAGACAGAGCACUGAGGUUAGUAAAAGUUUCCCUCAUCGAAAAAUAACAUACCCACUGUUAGCAUUUGUGUCAUUGUGGAGCUAAAUACCUUCAGUGCUUAACCAACCAUCUGCAAUCUUGUAUAUUCACUGAAAAGCAAUACAGCUACAGUGUGCAUCAGGUAGCAGUCGUGGCUGGUUGUAGGCAAAUACUGAAUAUGGCUGAAUAUAAUUUUUUCUUUUAACCGUUAUGGUACCCCGUGUACAUUUUUACUAAGCAGAUGUUGUGCCUGAUUGGUGUAAACCUUAACUACAUAUGCCUGUACUUUUCCCUUUUGAGAUGACUGCACUGCUGUUUUGAUAAUCUGAGUUUUUUUACUCUCUUGCUUGCGUGUACAAAUGACUAUACCAACCAGUUUGUGUGCUCUCGCUAUGUAAGUGUUGACUGGCAAACGUGUUAUGUUGGCUGGGUGGAUAUUGCAUGCCCUGUGCUGAGAGCUUUAUUGGUUAAAUCAUGAGAAAUGAGUUGAAGACCUAAAACAAUCAGAAAAGAAAAGCAAUAUUUCUUGAAGCCUUUCUUGUGGCUUACAUAAGCAGCCUGGAGUUUCCAAGACUAUUGACAAGGGUGUGUGUGUUUGAGAGAGAGAGAGAGUGAGAGAGAGAGAGAGAGAGAGAGAGAUGCUGACUUCCUGCCUAAGCACAGCUGGCCUGUCAGGUUCAGAUAAGAAUAGAUGAGUCCCAAAGGUUUUUAACCAUUUUCAGCUCAUUCAUCAUAGCGUUACUUCUUCUCCUACCGGUCUGCAGUUAGUCAUGUUGAUGCUGCAGGGGUAGAGCGACACAUUUGAUAAACGAACGGGGAACCUGUUACAUAAUCGGUACACAACUUUGUAUGCUACAGU